AUGGUGAAUGGGGGUUGAGUGCGAGGUUUCUACACACAUAACAACCCAGUGAUUGUCUUAGGUAGGGGAGUUUCUCCUAACCCAUUGAGAACAUUGUGUGUAAACUGUGAAGGAGCCAUUAAUGCCUUGGACACGAGCAAGGAUAACUCACAAGUGGUAGUGGCUGGUAGAAAUGUAUUCAAGAUCUAUAAUAUUGAAGAAGAUAAAUUUGAAGAAAAGUUGAACCUCAGGGUGGGAAAAAAUCUCAAUUUAAAUUUUAGCUCUACUGAUGUGGCAUGGAAUCAUAUUGAAGAUCACUAUCUAGCGUCUGCUGCAACCAAUGGUUCUGUGGUUCUCUGGGAUUUAAAUCGUCAUUCUCACUCUAAGCAAGAGUAUGUCUUCCAAGGCCACCACACACGGACGGUAAAUCGGGUUCGUUUUCACGAGAAUGACGCUCACCUUUUACUCAGCGGAUCUCAGGAUGGAAGCAUGCAUAUAUUUGAUCUGCGUAAGCAUGUUUCCAGCAGUGUGUUUAAGUCGGGAAAUAGUAUCAGAGAUGUGCAGUGGUGUCCUCCACGCUUCAAUGACUUCUUCUUUGCAGCAGCUGAUGAGAGUGGUAAUGUACAUAUGUGGGACAUGCGACGGCCUGAUAGGCCGGAGAAACAAAUCACUGCAGCUCACAAUGGCCCUGUCUUCACCAUAGAUUGGCACCCCGAGGAGAGGAACUUGUUUGCUACUGGAGGUCGAGAUAAGACAAUCAAAGUUUGGGAUUUCCCUAAAACUCAGGUGGUGCAUCAGAUUCACACGUUGGCAUCUGUCGCUAGGAUAAGGUGGCGUCCCCAGCGACGUCACUUUAUUGCCAGUUGCUCCUUUGUGGUGGAUUUUUCUGUCAGUGUGUGGGACAUCAAUAGACCCUAUGUACCAUUUGCUUCAUUUGACAAACACACAGAUGUUGCUACAGGUAUUAUCUGGAGGAAAGAUGACCCGCAUGUGCUUUACAGCUGUAGUCGAGACACGUAUCUGUAUCAGCACGUGUUUAAAGAUGCCAAGAGGCCGGCAGAUGACCUAGUUCCCGCGGGGUUGGACAUGAGUAUACACGGAGAUAUUUCUUACGCUACCUUAGAAAAACCGGAUCUAACAGUGCGAUCUGGAAGAUUCUUUACGACAACCAAGAAAGAUGUGUCAAAAAAUGAAGAGUUUCUUGCCUACAAAAACAGUACCAUGUUUGUGAUUACUAAACCCUCAAAGUGUUUAUCGAUGGAGUACUUUGUGGACUGUGCCAGGAAUUACCAAGUGUGUGGGGCCCCCCUACAGGAGAUGUGUGAAAACAAUGCACAGCUUGCAGAAAGAUAUGACAAUCGACAGGUGGCCCAGAGUUGGAGAAUUUUAAAAGUGAUGUUUGCUUCAUCAACAGAAUCAACACAAAGAGAAACAGCCACUCCAACCAAUGAGAUUAGCAAUGGAGAUGUGGAUGAUUCCUCAAACUUUGGUUCAGAUGAGGAGGAUUAUAAGAAAGAGAACCUGACAAACAUCGCCAGAGGACAGAUAAUCCCCGAGGAGUGGGAUAUACUGUUUGCUGACGGCGAUCAAGAUAUCAUUCCCUACAAUAACAUGGAUGGAUUGCAGGAAUGGUCCUUGCAACGUGAAGCCUUCCAGCCGCGACAUGAAAUCAAGGACCACGGAACUCCGCUGGACUCCAUACAGAAUGGUCAUGAUUCUCCGACAAUUAGCGCUAAUGAGAGCGAGAACAACAAUCUCAGUGUCCCCCUCCCCGGGGGGAGUAAUAAGGAAGAGGAGGUGCUGGGAUUGUUCGGGAAUACCCUUGAACUUCCCGAGUUUCGCUUUUCUGAUUUCAUCUCCAAGAUGCUGCACCAUUAUGCUGAGCAGGGAGAUGUGCAGACAGCUGUUUGUAUACUGAUUGUCCUGGGACCUAAAUACCGACCUCAGAUUGAACCCGAAGUUCAAGAAAACUGGUUCUUGUCUUAUUUAGAUCUGCUGGCCAGAUUUCAAUUAUGGACAAAAGCGAAUACGAUAAUUAAACUGAGUCACCUUCCACAGGUGAACCUGUUAAACCAGCAAUCCACGCGUAUCCAUGUCAACUGUCACCGCUGUAACCGACCGCUACAACGAGUGGGCUGGCUGUGUGACAGAUGUAAACUCGUCAUCAACAACUGCACAAUAUGUCAUUUACCCGUGAAGGGCCUCUUCAUCUGGUGUCAAGGUUGUUCACAUGGGGGUCACCUCAAUCACAUGAAAGAGUGGUUUAGUCUCAAUAGACAAUGUCCAACAGGCUGCGGUCACUUGUGUGAGUUCACGUGACAUGUGUGGGGGUAUAGUGGUCAGUUUUAGCUCAUGUGUAAGUCCCCAUUUCAUACUGGGUGUAUUUAUGCUAAUAGGUACAGUAAAACUUGCCUUAAAUCAGGACACCACUGAUUCCAAAGAAAUUGGCUGGAUAAAGCAAUAUUCUGGAUUAGACAACAUUAAAAACAAUUGAAUUACUGUAGAUUCCUUAUUUUUUGCGAGUACUUAUUAUUGCGAAUGGACUCCUCAGCGUCAAAUCGCGAAAAAAAUAAUUUGCGAAUGGACAGUCAAUGAAG